AUGGGCGAGUCUCUUUGUCUGAUGCUGUGUUCAGUGUUCCGUUCCCGGUGUUCCAGUGUUCAGGUUGUUCAGUUCCCGGUGUUCCAGUGUUCAGAUUGUUCCAUUCCCGGUGUUCCAGUUUCAAUUCCAUUCCCGGUGUUCCAGUGUUCAGCGGGAUGUUCCUCGCCCCUCGGGAUGGAGUCGGGCCACAUCGAGGACCAUCAGGUCACAGCCUCCUCCUCCUACGAUGUUGUCACCGGCCCUGUCUCCGCCAGGCUAAACAAGGAGCGUGCUGAGGCUUGGUGUCCCCGGCAGAUGGUAGGGAGAGCGGACUCCAAGGAAUACCUGGAGAUCGACUUGGAGACCAUACACGUCAUCUCCGCUACAGAGAGCCAAGGACGCUUCGGUAACGGCCGGGGAGCAGAGUUUGUCGAGAACUACAUGUUGGAGUAUUGGAGACCAGGUGUCAACAACUGGUACACCUACAAGCGAUGGGACAGUGAGAAGAUCUUGAAGGGGAACGUGAACACAUACAUGGUGGUGAAGAAUGAAUUGAUACCUCCCAUCCUGGCGUCCAAGAUCCGGUUUGUCCCCUUCUCACCUCACCCUCGCACCGUGUGUAUGAGAGUCGAGGUGAUUGGCUGCCCGUACACAGAUGGGUUGGUAUCCUACUCGAUGCCUCAAGGUCAAGCUCGAGGAGUGGAGGUUGACCUUCUCGACCUGAGCUACGACGGCACCACGACGGAGGGUCUGCUGUACGGCGGCCUGGGUCAGCUGCACGACGGUAUAGUGGGCGACCACAACUUUCGCAGCGACAUCGGACACGGCAAAGGUUACGAGUGGGUUGGGUGGAAGAACGAGUCCCACCGUCCCAUUGAGAUUCUCUGCGAGUUUGAUGUUGUCAGGAACUUCUCAUCGAUACACGUCUUCGCUAACAAUAUGCACACUAAGGAUGUUCAGGUCUUCUCACGGGCGCAGAGGAUUUACUUCAGUGGCACGGAAGAAUAUCACUACAUGCAAGACCAAGUGUCAGAAUAUGGGCGUAACGUCACCAUCAAACUACACCAGAGGAUGGCCAAGUACGUCAAGAUCCAGCUCUUCUUCCAGGCCAAGUGGAUACUAAUCUCCGAGAUCUUCUUCCUCUCCACUCCAGCCCAGGGUAACUUCAGUGUGGAGACGGGGGUGGACGACGACCCGCCAGACCGCCGGGGCGUCUCCCUAAUGACUCCUCCUCUGGGUACGUCCACUUCGGGGAGACCCUCGGCAAGGAGAACCAUAAGAAUUGUGACGGACAUCCCUGAUCAGCCGCGGGGUCAGGGUACGUGGCCUGGUGAUCGGGUGCUGGUCGCCGUGAUCAUCCUGCUAGUGUCGGCUAUCCUGUUAAUCGUGUGGAGGUCACGCCGUCAGAAGGCAGGCACCAUCACACAUGAUAUCUUCACCGGUCCAUAUGGAGAAGGGAUAUUGUCAACAAAGGUGUGUGUGUGGUCUCUACAGGAGGUGCAGAAGUUCCUGACGGCGCCAGCGGUGCUCCGCCCCUCCUCCCUCUGCUCGUCUCCACGCCUCGGCACUCACAGGACCAACGGCUACCGCCUCAACACCACCCUGCCUAUACACCCGUCACAGAUGGGUGUUGAGGGAGGGUCAGAGCUUGACAAAAAUGGCUUAUACUCAGAGCCAUAUCACAUGACUUACAACUCUCUCAGUGGCUACUCCUCCAUGGCUCACAAGCUCACCCAUCCCAACCCUCUCUCCAGUCCGGACUACACAGAGUGUCCGUCGACCGAGUACGCCAUCCCACACCUGGGUGCUGACGGUGCUACGGGCGUCUAUCCACCACCCCUCCCGCACACUAAGCCGCCCAUGCACACCCUUAACACCUUCUUAGGCAAGCCAACGCCCACGCCCAUCCCGCCCACCUCACAACAGCCCCAGGAGAGCUUCUACGCAGCCACAGAGAUUGUCGCGCAGGGGAGCAACGGCAGCAGUGUGGGAAGUAAACAGGGGGGAGGAGGAGGUGGGGCUCCCCUGGAGGAGGUGAAGGCGAGGGGAAUCCCCCGGCUGGCCAUCACACUCCUGCAGCAAAUCGGCGAGGGACAGUUUGGUGAGGUUCAUCUGGGCGAGGUGGAGGACGAAGAGGGAGAGAAGCAGAUGGUGGCGGUGAAGACACUGAGGCUGGAGGCAUCUCACGCCGUCAGGUGUGACUUCGAGCGCGAGGUGGAGAUCUUGGCGAGGCUGAGGGACCCCAACAUCGUGCAGGUGGUGGGGGUGUGCUCGAGGGAGGAGCCACUCUGUAUGUUGGUGGAGUACAUGGAACACGGCGACCUCAACCAGUACCUUCAGGCUCACAUCGCCGAGACUGCUUCCCCCAGGAACACACACGCUAAAACGCUCAGCUAUGGAUGCCUCAUAUACAUGGCCACACAGAUCGCAUCUGGUAUGAAGUACCUGGAGUCGCUCAAUUUUGUUCACCGGGACCUUGCUACCAGGAACUGCCUGGUGGGGGCGGGCCACAUCAUAAAGAUCUCAGACUUCGGCAUGAGUCGUAACCUCUACUCCGGCGACUACUACAGGAUUGAGGGCAAGGCGCUGCUUCCUAUCCGCUGGAUGGCCUGGGAGUCCAUACUGUUGGGGAAGUUCACGACGAAGAGUGACGUGUGGUCGUUCGCGGUGACGCUGUGGGAGAUCCUGACCAUGGCGCGAGAACAACCCUACGAGGACCUCACCGACGACCUCGUCAUCGAGAACGUCUCCUACAUCUAUCACAACGAGGCCAGGAAGGUGCUGCUGCCUCAGCCAACAAACUGCCCCAAGGAAAUCUACGACCUGAUGCGGGAGUGCUGGAAGCGCUCCGAUGCUGACCGCCCAACUUUCAGGGAGAUCCACAUGUUCCUGCAGCGAAAGAACCUGGGAUACUCCCCUGUUACCUGAGACCUGCUAGACAACCUCCGAGGUGGGUGUAUGCCCUCCUCCCGGAGGUCUUUAGCCAGCUUCGGGUGGGACUUGUGCCUCAGUUCCCGGAGAGGUCGCCGAGAGCCGCCUCAAAAGGGGACGCCACACGCCCUCUCCGAAGGUGACAUGAACCAGCUGGAAGGGGGGCAUCUCCUCCCGACGGCUACACGUCGGGGCUAUGCCAGCUUCGACAGGGACGUGUCACGCUACAGCCGCAGCCUUCUCUUUCGCUCUUAUGACGGCCGACAACAUCGACAUCAACUUUGAAAAAGAAAAGACGAAUGUAAUUUCUUAAAAUUUGCUACAGUACAGUAUGUCAGUAUGGAAGUUAUACUCUUUGUGUGUAAUUUUCGUUAUAGAAAGUUAAGCAAGAACAAUGGUAGUGGAAGCAGCUAUUUAUAAUAAGUGACAAACUGCCUGCAUCAUUGGUAACAGUGACAACUAGCUCAUAAUUGGUAAGACUGACAAGGCACCUUUUUUAUUGUCUAUAAGAUGUUGUGUAUUUGAAAUAUAUAUAUAGAUAUGUAUUAACCUCAAAUCGUCAUUGCUUGUCAGUGUACUUACAUCCAGGUGAGUCUGUGUGGCAUAAGCGUUAUACAAGCGUAAUAGAAAACUUAUAUAUAUAUAUAUACACAAAAUACACACCAGAUUGUGAAUGUGAUCUACAUAUUCUAGUCGAAGCUAUUAAUGGUGAAAUAUUCAAACAGCGGAAAUGUUGUGUACACAUUGGACAGCUGUUACAUGAAAAGUGUCAUUACAAUGGUGUUAUACUCCAUGGUAGUAGCCUCCGUGAGAACACUUAGUGGUUCUCUGUACAUAAAACCAACACAAUAACCAAGGUUCGUAUCAGUGGCUAAGAGGUUUUUUUUGUGGGUUUGUGUUUCGUUUAUACAUUACUGCUUCACAUAUUUGUAUAUAUAUAAUACUAUACCUGUAUGUAUGUUUGUAUAAAAGUUUUAUUAUUGUACAUAUCAAGAAACAAGAAAGUUUUACAGUUGCAUUUUCAAUCUUUUAACUGCGCCUAGUCAGAGAGACUUUUUACAAGCUGCCUCGUUGUGUAUGUUUGUUUACUAUUAAUACUACUAUUACUACUACUACUACCUGUACAGGAGUUAGUCGUGCUGGUAGCAACACUCGCUAUUGACUUGGGUUGAAAUCCUACUUGUGGGUUGGGGUCACGACACAGCAUAGCAUGAAUGCCCCCCCCCCCCUCUUUAUUAUCACUAUCAGCUCUCACAUUAAACGAUGGUGUGAGUUAAUACACACAGCACCACAUCUACAGCUUAGUAGAAACACAAGACUUUGCUGUAGUUCUUAUAGGCAUUUCAGCGUGUUGUGUCGUGAGCACACACCACUGGGAACUUUUAAAGUAUGGCCUUUGUAUCAAGCGUCUUGUGGUUCCAGCGUCGUGUCUGGCAUAGCGUACAUAAUUUUCCUCAACUAAUAUUAAAUAACCCUUCUUCUGUUGACCUUCUGUGGAAGUUUAUGUUAUCAAAUUUGAUUGCAUUGGCAUCGAAUUAAUAUAUAUUAUAAAAAAUAUAUAAUUUCAGACUUGAUUUUGUUUCAUGAUGAUAGAUUUUAUAUAGAUAGAUAUAUUAAUGAUAGUUAUCCGAGCAAAAAAUAUUGAGAGCAUUACGAUAGUUAUUUCAUGUAUUUACAUAAGCAAUCAGUAACAAAACCUACAAGUACGAUAACGAGGUAAAGAUAUCCAAGAGCUGGACCCUGGGACAAGGUUCUUAAAGAUUCAUACGUAAAUUUCUCCACUUCUUAGUAAUAACACGCAAGUUGGGUGGCCUUUUGGCAGUCAACUUCGCUCCGCUCUUUUAAGGGACCCAGUUAAACGCUCCUUACAUCUACUGGUAUUAGGGAAAAGAUGAAUUUAACGCGCGAAUUUUUGAAGACCUUGGCCGAGAUCAUUACUACUACCCCUGAACAGUUGAACUCAAUCACUGGUGUGUGUGUGUGAGGCCAGAGACCUCUCAACCAUGUAUGUGCGCUUGGUCCUAUGUCUCGCCCGCUCCAGCCUGCCCCUACCACACUGGCUACCACUAGCGUUCUACCUACACAUUACUUAACGAAAUAAAACGUGAAAAUAAUGUUCUGUAAAGGAUAUAAAUUGUAUGUAUUAAUAUUAAGCAUGAGAGGGAAGGUUACGAGGGUAAUUAUGGAAGGAAAAUUAGAGGAGAAUGAAAAGACGGGAAGGAACGAUGAUAAAAGACAUAACAAAAGGAAGAAUGGGAGGAUCACUCUCUCCUUGGAUGAUUCAGCUAGUUUACGUUUGUGGGUCUACCAAUAUCUCGACUCUGCUUCCUUGGAAUAUAAAGGUAACUUACGACUUUAUAGAACACCGUCUGUCACUACUGGCAGCUGCAGUAUACACGAAGAGAUUAAUAAACUAAUUAAGGAAGCUUCACAGAUCAGGGUGUGUUUUUUUUAAUCAGAAUAUUUGAUACAUAAGCUAUUAGGUAACAGUGGUGAAGGUGGGUGGGACCAAGGCGGAAGGGCUCGUGUGUUUCAUGGUUUCUUUUGCAGUUUACUUUACAUUAAACGCAGUGUAUAAGGGCAAUAGGCAGAUGUUAGGUCUGUACAUAAUACUAUUAGAUGUUUCAUAAAACUCUGGAAGUCAUUUGUUGACUUAAGAGUGGACACCUGUGAAAUGCUAUUAUUAGACUUAGUUAUUAUACUAUGACAUGAUAAAUACGAAUGCUACUACGAUAUAAACUUACGGUUAAACUUUAAUGUUUCCUGUGAUAAAGCUAACCUUAUUGCAUCGUGUCUGCGGUAGGGGGCAACGAACCUAACAACACUUAUUUUUCGUCACACGUGUUUCUUCACUAUGGCACAGGUUCGUCUCUUACCACCAUUACUUUACUACAGUUAUUCCUCCUCCUCUACCACUACCUUCUCCCACUACUUCACCACCAGAUGAGUUUCUUGACAGAGAAAACGUACAUAAGGUGUUCUUUUUAAGGGGUACACUACUUAAUACUUCUGUAGUGGGAGUAUGCUGCGGCAAUACCUAAAAUAAGAGAUGUUUCUCCCAGUAGUGACGCGUGGGAGACAAAUGAGUUCUUUUUGUACGAGUUACCCUUAUUUUUUGCACUCAAGAUUUUUUGUACACCUUACUGUUUACUGCUAAUCAGCUGCGGCUCGUUAGUCAAUUGAUUAACCACUUGACAUUUACUGACUCUCUGAUCAGGUGAUGACUUAAUGAUAGGAUGUUGUCUCGGUGAUUAUUUCAUUGCUUACAGAUCAACUGAAGCCCCGGUAAUCAACCUGUUGAUCCGCCCGGUGAUCAGGUGAGGGUUUGGUGAUCAGUGUAGAGUGAAGCAGCAUGGCGUGUUUCCCCCCCUCAUGGCUACUCUGUGUCUUACUGUAAUAUACAUCUGUCAGUGCCGCUUUUCCUGCAUACUAUCUCUACUGCCAACCACGUGAUAAACCUCCGCACAGGCACCAAGUAUAGACAGUGGCUUGGGUUCAACAUCAUGAUCGUGACAGGCACAAGUAACGGUGCCAAGUUCAACCCGUGACAUCAUGGCCAGUCACCAUGAUGAUGAAAAAGGCUCAAUUAGUAACGGUUCCAAGACUAUUUUAAUGGUGUCAUAGCGCACCAUACUACCAUGAGUUGCUCUACGUUACCAUAUUGGUACCAUGCACCUGGACUUUAGAUCACUACUUAAUAUGGCAUUGAAAUCGCGGGGCAUUACCUAUAAGGCUUUGAAUUCAUUUUAUUUAUUUUUGUGAUAACAAAAUAUCGUACUCUCGAACGCCUGCCGCCUCUCAUGAUACCUACACGUUUAUUAAAGGUGCUUCAUCCGUGUAUCGUUAUUUGAAUCACUUAGUCAAGAUGAAUCGCAAACUCUUAAACAGUAAAGUCACAUUCUUGUAAAAGAACAAGAGGCAGGAACAGUCGGCAGCCUGAGCAAUGAUUCACUAGACCUUGGAGCAGUUGGCAGCCAUGGUGGUUCAAUUUUCAUGCUUGAUGUUUGCGAUUUUUUUUUUUUUUACUGUACGUUAAAAAUUCUGAAGGUCAUUUUCGACAUGCUCAGAUGAUGUUAAAGGUUGUGUGUCUUCACAGUUCACUUAUUAAUAAAUGACAGGCACCGUUUAAGAGUCCGGCAUGAUGACAAUCCCCGCCUGUGGUAGAGACUCGUAAAACCAACGUGGAUGGCACCAGCAGGAGUGUGACUUGGAAAAGAUUAUAGUAGGUUAAGUGAAUGAUGGCAUGGGCAAGUUAUUGUUGUUAAUCUUCUGCCAUAUUUGAUCUACAAGAAGCCGUCUCCUGUCAUACGUUGGUUAAUAGUAGGAUUAUCUUAGUCACACACACUGGCCAAUCAUAAUCAUUGUCACACGCUAGCUAUCAUCCUGAAGCAGCAAACGCCUCUUUACCGCACGAUAAGUUGGCUGGGUUGCAAUAAUUAACGAAACACUUUAAAUAGCACCUAAAUCUUGCAAGAGUUCUAAAAUUAUAAAUUAAAAAAGUAUUUCCUGAGUUCAUGAAUUUUUCUCUGAAGGGCUGACCUACAACUCUUCAUCUUGCAGGGUGCAACUUUAUUGGCUUUCUGAGCAUGUAACGUGUCGCUGUUUUCAUUCAAUAAUUAUAGUAAUACAGGGCAAGGUUCAGGGUCGUCCCAUCCAUCCGUGCUUCAAAGGGGGACUCAUGGGUCGUAUUGUGCAAGUUACCAAGUUUGUGUAAGUUUGCACUGCCAGGAAACUCCAGUUGUGACUUUGUCCUGCACACUGUCUCCUCAGUCGUUAUGUUGAGGAAAUUCAAUCAACUGGGACUUGCUUGUGUUGCAAAGGAGUUCCCUAGUUCACGUUGCAAAGCAGAAGUCUUCUAGUUUAUGAGUAGUUAAAAACAAGACGAAAAAAUAUAAAAAAUAUUACUGAAAGAUUCAACUCCCAAUAUUAUGAGUUUUUUGUGCCUUGUUAUAAAAGACUUCUCCUCACAAGUUGCUUUACACUUUGCCUUAUAUCUACAACACGUAGUGACAGUCCAAGCCCUUGACGUGUGGCACGGUGUCUCAGCUUCUAGUUCAUCUAGGUGUGAAGUGAAGUGUGAGUGUCAAGAUGAGCACUUCUGGUUCAUCUUGGUGUGAAGUGUGACUGUUAGGGUGGGCACUUCUAAGUUCAACUAGAUGUGAAGUGUGUGGUUGUCACGUUAAGACAAACAUCUUGACAAACUAAGGACGCUAUUGGUUGUCGAUACAAACAGCAUUUCUGGAUGUUCUUGGUGUGAUACUUGUGGAUGGCGUUAGUGCCACGUGUACAUAAUACCGAGGUGCAUAAUCCUAGAAAAAUCCUACUGUAGUAAUAACAUCUAGAGGACUCUGCUACACCUAGAAGAGAUUUUCUUGUCUGAUCUUCAUAAACGUUAAGUUAAACUAUACAUAAACUGCCAUGGUUUAAGAUUACCUCGACCAGAGACUGCCAAGUGUGUGAUAAUGUAGAGAGGAGUGUGGUGAAUAUGUAGAACAUCUCGUAAUACUGGUGGUGGAUGUGACGACCGCUGGAAGCCUUGCCGACAGUGUGAUUCACUGAUGAACCUUUACAGAGUAAUGUGACCAAGAUUAAACAUAUAUACAAAUGUCUACACACACACAUAUAUGUAUACAUACAUGCACGUAUCUAUACAUAUGUAUACAUAUAUCAGUGGGUGAAGUAAGAUACUGCUAACCGUGAGUCUCGAUAAUGUGGGGCAACGAUAAGGCUGAGAAUCAAUGCUGGAAGCUCUCAAUAAAUACUGUAUACAAAAAUCUUCUUAUAUACUCGUAAAAACAUCAACCAUAAAACAUAAAAAAUUAUUAACAAAUUACACUUAAAACAAUAAAUAAUAUAAAUCUUCAAACAUAACGAUAGUGAGGUACUGUAGAGCAGCAACCUAACAAUUAUUCUGAGCCCUAUCGCGCCCCCACGAGCCUCAGAGACAGUUAGCGCGCGGUGUGUGGAUGAUUGACUUUGUACCAUAACCGGGAGGUGUGCUAUCGUGAUUCGUAAAACAUAUCUCAUUUUGUUGUGCCUGCAUUACGACGGUGUCCUUGCAACAUUUUCAAUAUUGCUACUCAAGUGUGCGAAGUGACUGUACAUACAUGUUAGAAAUAAAACUAUGAUAUUUUUGUAA